CUUUUAGCUGUCCGGCUGUCACCUUCAAAACACAAAUAAACCCUACUCUUUCUCCUCUUUCUCUCUCUACUUCUCUCCAUAACUUCUCUCACCCAAGACAAAGUCGUGGUUGAGCUUCAACAAACACCAAUGGAAGCACCAGAAUUGUUCCACACCGGCUACUGUCGUACAGGGAAUUCCCAAUUCACAACAGAAAUACCCAAAUCUGGUGACCAUUUCUUCAUUGACGACCUCCUCGACUUCUCAAACGAAGACGCUAUCCUCAACGAUGGCACCUUCGUCUCUGGAACGGGCAAUUCCACCGAUUCUUCUACUGUCACCGCCGUCGAUAGUUGCAAUUCUUCGUUCUCCGGCGGUGGCGACCUACAUUUCUCUGGUAACCUCGGUUGCCGUAACUUUACCGACGCUCAUUUCUCUGGUGACCUCUGUGUUCCGUACGACGAUUUAGCAGAGCUGGAAUGGCUAUCGAAUUUCGUCGAGGAGUCGUUCUCGAGCGAGGAUUUGCAGAAGCUGCAACUGAUAUCGGGGAUGAAGGCUCGAACAAACGAGGCAUCCGAAACAAACGAAUUCCACCAACCUGAAAGCAACAUGAACCACAACGAUAACAACCAGAUAUUUCGGCCAGAGCUGUCGGUUCCGGGGAAAGCGAGAAGUAAGCGCUCACGCGCUGCUCCAAUCAACUGGUCCUCACGCUUGCUCGUGUUAUCCCCAACAUCGUCGUCUUCGGAAUCGGACGUGGUAUCGAGCUCAGGCAAGAAAACACCGAAAGGGACGAUGAAGAAGAAAGAGAGCUUAGACAAUGCAGGGGGUAGCAACAACUGGGAGGGGCGAAAGUGCCUGCAUUGCGCAACAGACAAGACGCCUCAGUGGCGAACAGGGCCAAUGGGGCCGAAGACGCUCUGUAAUGCUUGUGGUGUUCGGUACAAAUCCGGCAGGCUAGUGCCGGAGUACCGACCUGCUGCGAGCCCGACGUUUGUGCUCACCAAACACUCUAACUCCCACCGAAAGGUGAUAGAGCUUCGACGUCAGAAAGAGUUGCAGGAGCAACAUCAACAGCAACAGUUCCUGCAUCCCAACACAGUCUUUGACAUGUCGAGCAGCGAUGACUACUUGAUCCAUCACCACCCAGGUCCCGAUUUCAGGCAGCUAAUCUGAUCAGAAUUUUGAGAAUUAGUAGGUGAAACUGAAAUUCCCAGGUCUCAUUUUUCCCCCUAAAUUUUUCUAAACUAUCGUAGGUUCUCCUUUGGCAUAGAAGAACAACAACUCAGAGCAGAGAAGAUGGAUCAAUGGCAGCAUAGAUUCAGUCUCUUCAGUUCUAUGUUGUCAGCUUUUUUUCUUUCUCUGAUCAUCAGUUCUUUCAGCCCAAUUCGGCAAAUUGUGCAAGCAAUUUUUCGUAAUCUAGGGAACUGUUCUUCAAAAAUUUUUUAUCCAUUAAGCAUCAAAUCAGAGUAUUAUGAUAUUAUUAAA